UGGAAACGUCAGAAUGUAAAGCCUUGAAAUUUUGCGGAAAAAGUAUAAAAAAAAUUGCCAUGCCAAAACCAUUGCGUCACGUUCCGAAUAUUCGCAAAAAUUCUCAUUGUCAAGUGACUCGCGAAAGGUAUAGAUCUGUAGACCGUGUUCCGCACUCCGCACUUCGGAGUCCGCAGUAGGUUCGCAAACGAGACAGCGAGUGCGCGUAUUUUAAAAAUGACAAAUUUAGCAGUAUUUGAUUUUGACCGUACAAUUGUUGACGGUGAUUCGGACGCGACGAUUAUAAAUAGAUUACGUGAAAAAAAACCACCACCUGAAUGGGAAGCCGGUAAUCAUGACUGGACGCCAUAUAUGAGCGAUGUCUUCGAACACGCUUACUCCGCUGGUCUCCAUCCAUCGGAUAUUUUGGACAGCAUCGCUUCGAUGCCACCAAACCCUGGCAUCGUCGAGCUGAUCAGCACCCUAGCCAAGGAGGGGUGGGAUAUUCUCGUACUCACAGACGCGAACAGCGUCUUCGUCAACCAUUGGCUGAAAGAACACGGCUUACUGGAAGCGAUAACGGAGGUGGUGACAAAUCGCGCGUUCUGGAAAAACGACCGUUUAUACAUCGAGCCGUGCAUGCGGCAGAUUGAAUGUCCGAGAUGCCCACGCAACCUCUGCAAGUCGAUGGCACUCUCGAACUGGAGACACUCGAGGAUGAGCCGUUAUUCAAACCUCUACUAUAAGCUGCACGUCUACAUUGGAGAUGGGCGGAAUGACUUCUGUCCUGCUAUCACUUUGCCGGAUGAAGGAAUCGUCUUCCCAAGGAAGGGCUACCCAUUGUACGAUUUGAUCAUGAAGAAUCUGUCAACACCAAACCCUCAAGUAACUGCCAAGGUGGUCCCCUGGGAUGACGCGUUCACGAUACUCGAGGAACUGUUUCCCGGGAGAUCUAAAACCACCAAAAGUUAAUAAGAUAUACUUCUAUUUAUUUAUACUAAAUAUUUAAUUAUUAUUUAUAUAUUAGGAAAUAUUUUUGCGGGUAUCCAAUACAAAUGUCAGUAUGACGUAUGACGUCACAGGUAGGUCACAGGUUGUCAAUGUGACUUAACCAUAGACAAGUAUAUUUAUAAAGAGCUAUUUGAUAUUUUUUGUUUAUUGUGGGUUUUAUUAAUGGCCUAGACAUCUGUUUGUUACGAAUUUUCCCGCCCAAGCUUAUUUCAAAAUUCGAACGAUAUUUUCUUUGCGUUUUCGCCGUAUAUGAGUGGGCGAGCAUGAUGGCUAUAAUAAUGAUAUAGAUCCGAAAAGCCGAGAUGGCCUAGUGGUUAGAACGCGCGAGCACCGGGCAAGCACCACUCAAUUUUCAUGUGCUUAAUUUGUGUUUAUAAUUCAUCUCGUGCUUGACGGUGAAGGAAAACAUCGUGAGGAAAUGGGCAUGUGUCUAAUUUCAUUGAAAUUCUGCCACAUAUGUAUUCACUUGCGUUGUACAGUAUAUUUGCAUUAUGCAGUAUGCGUUCGGAAAUUGAGUACUUCUUUAAAGUUUGUCAAAUCUUAUUGCCCAGUGCGAGUUUUAAUUCCUCGAUCGCGUUGAUGUUAACUUCAAUUUAUUAUGGAUUACUGUCACUAGAUGGCGCUGUUUUCAUUUCAUACAAACCGCAGUUAACGUUAACGAAUAAAUAAACAAACUAGGAACAAUGCUCAGUUCCAUAAUCUCCCUCAAUCAACGGGCUAUGAUUGCCAAACUGGCCUGUCAGUUCCUAUGAUCAGCGCAUCCAAAUUAGAAUCUUUUAUGAAAUAUUUAUCCUUAAUGUUAGUAGAUCUGCUGUAGACUAUUUAGAAAUUAGUACAAUUAAAAAAACAGCUUUUUUGGUAUUAUUAAUACAAAUUAACUGAUUAUAUUUUUAUAAUUCUACAUAUCAACCAAUUAAGUAUCCAGGAAUUGUUAAAUCAUUAAAACUUCCCAUUUAAUUAAAAAAUUGAUGUAUGACCUUUUUUAAAUCAAAUUUAAAAUAGUCACCACCCCCACCCCCGCCCUACUCGACAAAUUUUACCUUCCAUUAAAAGUCUAUUCUAAAAUAAAGCUUAAAUCGUCCGUAUAAUGGUACAAAUAAUAGUCAAAAUUGCACAAAACAGUAUAUUUUUUUAUUUCUGGCGUGUGCCUACUUGAGCACAAAUUGUUCUGCCAACGCCGUCUAUAGAGAUAACACGUAAGAUAGUCUACAUUAUUAUAGAAAAAAAACCUAUUUGUCGAUUGCUGUGAGCUAUUUUUAAGGUUAUAUAUGAAAUGCUAUUUACAUAGAUAAUAUAAUGAUUUAUUUUUAUUUAUGAAAUAAAUAUCUAC